CCGACACAGGCAUCAGAAGAUGGAGGAUGAAAAUGGUUACGCUAUCAUGACGAAGAGGAUAAUCUCAACCCAGCCAUCUCAGCACCGGAGCCAAGGUUCUCCUCCCGUCUUCGACGGUUAUAAAGUUGCUGUGGGAGUUCUAGGGGCUGUCUGUGUCCUCCUGGUGUUGGCUGUGAUUGCUCAGCAUGUCUGGGGUUUCCAGGCUGGACAGGCCAGUUGCAGCAGCGAAUGCGAUGUUCGGCAGGCGGCCUUCGUGUCUCAUCUCAGGCAGAGUCUGUGUGACCCAGCCCGGAGCGGCUCAGCAGUGGGAGCCGGGUGCGCACUCUGCCCCAAGGACUGGCAGGCGCACAAGGGAAAGUGCUACUGGGAUUCUAAAAGGAGCCAGAUUUGGAAGGCGAGCCAGAAGGACUGUGAAUUGAGGAAUUCACAAAUGCUCAUGAUCCAGGACCAAGAGGAGAUGGAUUUCAUAAACACUAUCACAGACGGUACAAACCACAUCUGGAUCGGCCUGAACAACACAUCCCACACUGGGAACUGGACCUGGGUGGACGGCUCCCCUUUAAAUCAAACACUGUUCCCGGUCUCGGGUCCUGUUGCAUCCAACAGCUGCGGGGUGGUAAAGGGGAACCGGAUCAACUCGGAAACCUGCAGCGCCGAAUUCAAGUGGAUUUGCCAGAAAGACGCUGUCACGGUGUGAAGAAAUGAGAACGUCAG